AUGGAGAAGCAGCUGCACCUCAUCGCGUUGGAUUUUGUGGCGCUUUACCGUGAGGUGUCAAGGCAUUCUCUACUGACGCCAGAGGGUCUCGACAUGGACGCGUUCCAGGCUGUGUUUGACCGCAUGCACAUGGAGUAUCUGCACUACGCCGGGUCAAGCCCUACUCAACCGUUCCACGUGGAGGUGGUUGAAAAUGUGCUUCAGCUUGCCGCUGCGUAUCUUUCGCUACCUACGGAUGUGAGCCCCAGUAGUCGUGCCUUUGGUCUGUACCUCGUCUUCUUUCUCUACGCGUCGCAGCCGUGCAUCGAGACGACACCUGUGCGGGUACAUGUGCCGCUUGCAACUAUGCAAAGCUACCUGGAUGAUAUUACCGAUGGUGUGGAGGGUGCGGAAUCGCAGACUGCCGCCGCGGCGCAACUAGGUCGCCGCGUGACAGAUGGAGAGAGACGAAUACUUCUCGCACUCCACAAAGCAAGGGCGUGGCACAUCAUGCCAUUUGUUAACUUCUCUGUGCACCUGCAGACAUUACUGAAGGUGCACGACGCGGAAGGCGUCCCGCUGGGGAGGAGUGUUGCCCAAACGCAGCAGCAACAGCAGCAGGUGGUGGACGCAGUUGGGGCGGAUACCGCCUUAUCAAAGGAAUUAGAGGCGUAUGAGGCGAUGAAACGCCGCUUGGGCCUGAACGAUGCCCUGGGGCGAAACUGA